CAAAAAUCCCUUUUCGUCCGUCCAAAAGUUCAGUUCCAAAAAAAAAACACCAAAAAAAAGUCCACAAGUCCAAAUAAUGAACAAGACGUGAGUAAAAAUUAUUUUAAGCGUAUUGGGACUAAAUUAAGUAUACUGUCUCUCUCUAUAUAUAUAUUUCGCGGCGCUCUCUCUCCCCCUCAUCCUCAUAUUCUCUAAUGUUGAUUGUUGGAUAGUUUACUACUAUUCAGUAUUCACUUCUCACCCUCCGCUCUACCAAAUUGACUCUACAGCAUCCUUUGCCCAUUAACCAAAACAAACCAAAAAAAAAAAAAAAGAAAAUUAAUUAAGAGAAGUACAAGUUUUUCACGAAAGCAGUCAAACAUAAUGCAUCUGGCUUUAGUUAGCUGGAUUCUCUUUACCCUUUUAGUUGUGAUCUUGAGUUUGUGUCAAGUAAAGAAUAAAGGGAAGAAAAGAUCCGAUGAAGUGAAACUGCCACCAGGGCCGCGGAAGCUUCCCAUCAUUGGAAAUAUACAUAAUUUGAUGAUGGGUUCACUUCCUCAACAAGCUCUCACAAAUUUAGCCCGGAAACAUGGAGAUCUGAUUCACCUUCAGCUGGGGGAAGUUUCAACCAUUGUCGCAUCCUCGGCCCAACUAGCGAAAGAGAUUCUGAAGACAAAUGGUACUGCUUUUGCAAAUAGGCCCGAAUUCCUCGUUGGGAAGAUCAUAUUGUACAACUAUUCAGACAUCACUUUUGCUCCAUACGGAGAUUACUGGAGACAGAUGCGAAAAAUAUGUAUUUUGGAACUCCUUAGUUCCAAAAAUGUUCGAUCAUUUGGUUCCAUCCGCCAAGACGAGGCUUUGCAGCUCGUUUCAUCGAUUCGGGAGGAGGCAACUACUUCUCAUGGAUCCAAAAGACCCGUAAAUGUAACCCAAAAGAUUUCCUCAUACACAAGUUCGGUGAUUUGUAGAGCCGUAUUCGGUCGAGCAUUUGGACGGCAUCGAGACAUACUGUUGCAAUUGGUGAAGGAAGUUGUAGUGCGAUCCAGUGGGUUUGACGUUUCUGACAUUUUUCCAUCCUGGAAAAUUCUUCAUUACUUUAGCUCCAAGCCAAAGAUGCUGCAGUUGCGCAACAAGAUUGAUAAGAUUUUGGAUACCGUAAUUCAAGAGCAUGUCGAGAAUCGAGCUAGAACCAAAACUGGGUACGGAGAUUUCGGGCAAGAAGACCUCAUUGAUGUUCUGUUGAGAGUCCAAGAAAUUGGUGAUCUUCAGUUCCCAAUUACCAACAACAAUAUCAAGGCUAUAUUAAUAGAUAUGUUCACAGCUGGAUCUGAAUCUUCAUACAUCGUGGUAGAAUGGGCAAUGACAGAAAUGAUGAGGAAUCCGCGGGUCCUGGUGAAAGCACAGAGUGAAUUACGAAAAGCAUUGCCUUUGGAGAAAAGAACAAUUGAAGAAACUGAUAUUCACAAGGUUAGUUACUUGAAGUUGGUUAUUAAAGAAACCUUACGACUUCAUUUCCCUACAGCUCUGAUUCUUAGGGAGAACAUAGGGGAGUGUGAAAUCGACGGGUAUGUCAUUCCUCCGAAAACUAGAGUUUUAAUUAAUGCAUGGGCAAUUGCAAGGGACUCUAGGUACUGGGAGGACCCUGAAAGUUUCAUACCGGAAAGAUUUGAGGACAAUUCGGUCGACUUCAUUGGAACUAGUUAUGAGUUUCUACCAUUUGGUUCUGGAAGGAGAAUCUGUCCUGGAAUUUCAUUUGGUAUAAGUAUUAUUGAAGUUCCUUUAGCUAAUUUGUUAUACUAUUUUGAUUGGAAACUCCCGGAUGAUCCUAAUAAUACUAGUUUAGAUAUGACGGAGACCUAUGGAUUAGCUGCAGCAAAGAAAAAUAACCUUUUGUUGGUCCCUUCUAUGUAUGAAUCCCUCGGUACACUUUAAGCCGAAACUAAUUAUAUCUAUUUUGACUUCUGUACGAUUAUGCUCGAUCAAUUAAACGAUGUAUUCGUUUUGUAAAACAUUUUAUACUUUAGUUCAAAGUGAUGCAUUAAUCCAAU